AUUUCUUGGCACUGUUGUUGUUGGAGGUUCUGCUGUUGCGGCGAAUUCGGAAACGCUCAGUACGGAAAUCGACAUGAAGAUCGCCGCAGCUCUGAUUAUUCUGCUUAGUUCAAUUGUAUUUGGAAAUGGGGAAUUUUUGGAGCCGAACUGCGGAGUUUCGGUUUCGAGCAAUGGUAAUGUGAUGCCUCUGAUAUUCAAUGGUCGCCCGGCUGAUAUGUUUGGUAACCCAUGGAUGGCAUUGAUAGUAACCACAGAACCCAAUGUAUUAAGAAUGUGUGGUGGAUCCCUCAUCACAAACCGGUUUGUUCUUAGUGCUGGGCACUGCACAUAUAAUAGCCCCACAGACGUAUACUUAGGUGAGUUCGACAGGUCAACCAUCACGGAUUGUUCCGAUAAAGCCUGUAUGCCGAAUGCCAUUAAAAUCGCGGUCGACGCGUAUCUAAAACACCCCAAGUAUGUGCACUACAACCAAAACGACAUAACUCUGUUCCGACUGAUCACCCCGGUGCAAUUCACUGCCUACAUAAAGCCAAUCUGCCUGGUGACCGACAAUGACGUCUUAAACUACAUCACAUAUAUGAAUGUCACUGGAUGGGGCAUUACAGAAAACAGAGUGGCUAGCCAAGUCCUAAUGACAACCACCCUUACCAAAAUGGAUCGCUCCUACUGCUCGCACGCGUAUGGCUACCAAGUGGAUGAGUCUCACAUUUGUGCCUGGGACUACACCUCAAGCGCGUGCCCAGGAGAUUCGGGGGGCCCUUUAUUUGCUAAAGUUCGAAUUAGUGGUUUAGAUCGAGUCGUUCAGCUCGGCAUAGUCAGUUAUGGGAGCGAGCAAUGUCGCGGAAUGGGGGUCUAUACCAACGUUUUCUACUAUAUGAACUGGAUCAAGGAUGCCAUACGAGUUGGAACUCCCAACACCAUAAAUAAUAGUGCUGCAGCUUGGAAAUAG